GCGCGUGCACGCGUGCGAGUACGCUCGUGCUGGUGCGUGUGAGUGCACGCGUGCGUGAAGCACAACUUUGGUGGGAGCGCUUAUUUCCCCGUCCCCGUCCGCUGCUGCUUCUUUCUCACUCUCUGCUGGCGCAGACUCUCCGGGUGGGAGAGGCUCGGCCCCGGCGGAGCGCAGCUGUGAGCCCCCUGCACCUCAGGUUCCCUUCCUACAAAGGGGGGCCGGUGACCUCGCGCUCCCUGCCCGCGGGGUCCCCAGGCUCGGGCGGCUGGUGGGCGUGCGGUUGUGUCCUCCCCCCGCUUUCUGCGGGGCGGGCGGGGACCGCUGGGCUAUUUUUAAAGCCCGUGGUUCCUGCCCUCCCGGAGGACCCGCGGCCCCCGGGAGCCCCGCCGACGUCACUCCCCUGGCGGAGCCCGUGGGGCAGCGGCCCUCGAGACGCCCUCCCCCGGGCGCAGCCGGGCCUCCCGCCUGGCGGCGCCCAGAAGCGUGUCCGGGGAGCCCCGGGGCACGAGGCCUUUCCUGGAGCCGUGGGGAGGCGGCCGGCUCGCAGCGCGGACUUUCCGAUGGCCCUGGGGGCCUCUGGCCGCUGGCUCCCAGGCCCGGCCCUUGGGCGGCGGGCGAGAUUUACAAACAAACUUCAGAGAUUUCCGCCGAAAGCCGCUAUUUGUUUAUGGCCCGGGCUGGGCUCGUCCCCUGCUGGGAACUCGUGGGGAGGGGCCUGGAGAGGAGCUGUGGGGGCUGGGCCCCGCGUGCAGACGCACGUAAUUGCCUGAGAACUGGACAGAUACAAGGGAGACCCUGUUGGAGGGGAUGCUGUUCAACCUCAAAUACCUGGGGAUGACCCUGGUGGAGCAGCCCAAAGGGGAGGAGCUCUCGGCAGCAGCUGUGAAGCGCAUCGUGGCCACGGCCAAAGCUAGUGGGAAGAAGCUCCGAAAAGUGACCCUCCAAGUCUCCCCGAGGGGCAUCAUUUUACAUGACAGCGGGACCAAUGAGCUGAUUGAGAAUGUUUCCAUCUACAGGAUCUCCUACUGCACUGCAGACAAGAUGCAUGACAAGGUUUUCGCGUACAUUGCCCAGAACCAGCAGAGUGAGAGUCUGGAGUGCCACGCAUUUCUCUGCUCCAAGCGGAAAAUGGCACAGGCGGUGACCCUCACGGUGGCCCAGGCCUUCAAAGUCGCCUUUGAGCUUUGGCAGGUGUCCAAAGAAGAGAAGGAGAAGCGGGAGAAAGCAAACUUAGAAGAAGUUGCCUGUGGGGCUCGGCUGGAUGGUUCCCCUUCCCUGAAAGGCCCAAUCACCACUGGAAACCUGCUGGACCUAGAGGAGACGGCCAAAGCCCCCCUGUCCACUGUGAGUGCCAAUGCUGCCAACCUGGAUGAGGUGGGGAGGCCUGAACCACUGGCCAAUAACAACGUGGUCUGGGAGCUUGAUGAUGGCCUUGACGAAGCCUUCUCAAGGCUGGCCCAGUCACGGACGAAUCCUCAGGUGCUGGACAUUGGGCUCACGGCCCAGGACCUCCAGUACGCCCAGUGCCUCUCCCCGGUGGACUGGGACAAGCCGGACUUGGGCGCCUCCGAGCAGGACGACCUCUUCGGCUUCUGAGCGCGGGGGCAGUCAGGCCGGCAACCACCGCGUGCGGACCAAAGUCAUCUCGGGGAGGGCGGGCCACGGCGCCCCCUCCCGGAACGCUGGCAGCCUGGGCCCUGCCAGCCCCUAGACCAAAGGCGUUACUGAUGCAGCUUCAUCCUCCUCCUGCCUUUUCCUUUACAAAUGAUAGGAUGCUUCAGGCCUAUUUAUUCAUUGGACUCCAUGCAGCCCCAAGCCUUGUGGAGCGCCCCCUGCUGUGUAACGUGCCCAGUGUUAUAACCAGCCUUUCGGCCCCUCUCCUGGGGUUGGGGGUACGGGAGGGGGAGAGGGAGGAGCCAGCCUCUCUCUCACCUCUUCUCUGCCUGCAGAGCCAGGCCCUUCCUUCCCCAGAGAGCCCCCUGGGGGUCCCCUCCCUGCUCCUGUGGGGAGAGGGUAAGCGGGGGGGGGGGGGGCCUGCCCUUCCACCGGCCGGGAGCUGGGGCAGGGUGCUGCCCGUGCAGAGCCCAGGGAGGAACCCCCCUCACCAAAGACUUAACAGCUUUGCACUUUAAAAAUGAACCCAAAGCUGGCUCUGAUACGGUGAAAAGGAGGGGCUGAGUCUGCAGGUAGCUUUUUGUCUUCAUCCCCCGGGGGGCCUGGCUGAUCCGGAACUCAGAGCUUGUAGGGGGAUGGAGCCCCCAGGCCUUUCCCCUCGCUGGGACUCAGUUUCCCCAUUCACAAAAGGGGAGACUUCCAGCUUCUGCCUUAUUAAAUAUUAACUGACCUCCGACCUCUGCCGUGCCGUCCCAUCACAUUGAUGAGGUUCGUCCCAGGACUGGCCUUGGCUCCUGUGCCCGAACAGCAGCACUUGUGGGAAUGUGGGGAGCCCGGAGUCCCUCUCCUCCCAGUUCUCUGUGGCAGGGAAGCCACUGCCGUGGAGUCGGUUCCAUCGGUCUUGGCCGGGUGAUCCCUCCUCUCUCUGUCCUCCAAUAAAAGAAAGCACACCAGGUUUGGGCUCUGGUUUCUGUCCAGCCCCGCCAUGGCUGCCCUAGAAGGAGAGCGAGGAAGCCUCAGAGCCGGGCGCUUGUGCCCGAGACUUUGGCACUCCUGGCGGGGCACGAGCCUGCUGUGGGACCGGUGUGGGAGGGUCUUGGGAGGAGCCUUUCGUGACCCUGGUCGGCUGAAAUGGAAAGUUUAUGAAAUUUGUCAUUUGGCUUUGAAAUAUUGACAUGUUGUGUGGCCAUGGGUAAAUUUUUUUCAUUGGG